CAGCUACACGACUAAAUAACAGAUUGGUUGGCACAGAAGCCUACGUGUCUGUCUCUUGAUUCUGCAGUUAUGUUUCACCAGCACCAGGUAGCCUCUGCUGAAAGGUAGCAGGUAGGUUGCUCUGUGUCAGUCAAAGCUGAUGGAGAGGCGGAUUGGCUCGUUUCAGGCCCUCGGGGCUCCAGGCUCCACCUCUCCAUCAGACUCCAGCCUGUGCUGCGCUUGUUGCAGUGAGCGCGGAGGGUUUGUGCGCUCUCAGGUUACGCGUAUGAAGUUGUGGACAAGAGGAUAUCGAAGACAUCCAGCCACUUAGAUAAGGAGGAAAGUAGAGGCUCACUUCUCUCGUUUCACUCUUUAAACUGGGAAAUACAAUUAAGUCCUCGUGCAGGGGCUGCGGAAAAGCAAGAAAACGACUUUGUGGCAUUUAACUGAGAGACCAAGCAUACCCAACAGUAUGCGGUGCAGUUAUGGCAGGCAAGGGUAAGACAGUCGUGAGGACGCUGGAGGAUUUAACGCUUGAUUCUGGUUAUGGUGGAGCCGCGGACUCGGUCAGGUCGUCCAGCGUGUCGCUGUGUUGCUCCGACACGCAUCAGUCCGUCUCACAUGGGGCCAACUGCUGGCAUCUGACGGAAUCCAUGCACAGCAGACAAAACAGUUUGGACACAGUCAACACCGUCCUGGCGGAGGACACGGAGAUACUGGAGUGCUCGGGUCAGUGCGCCAAGCUGCCCGAGCUGGAGGACGUGCCAUGGAGCCUCGGCGAGGUGGAGGGCGCAUUGAGGAAAGACGAGGAGCUGAUGGUGGGCAACCCGCCACCGGAGGUCUUGGCGCGGCUCUCGGCUCUCAUCAGCCGCGCACUGGUCAGGGUGGCACGGGAGGCGCAGCGGCUCAGCCUGCGCUACGCAAAGUGCACCAAGUACGAGCUUCAGAGCGCCAUCAAAGUGGUGCUUUCAUGGACCAUCUCCGUCAACUGCAUCACGGCGGCUCUCAGCGCCCUGUCCCUCUACAAUAUGAGCACCGGGGACAAGUUCAGCCGAGGCAAGUCGGAGCGCUGCGGGCUGGUCUUCUCCGUGGGGAAGUUCUUCAGGUGGAUGGUGGAUAGUCGGGUGGCCCUCAGGAUCCACGAACACGCUGCCAUAUACCUCACUGCUUGCAUGGAGAGUCUGUUCAGAGAGGUGUUCAGCCGCGUCCUUCGCAGCGCGCUGGUGGAGAGGGACAACGGGAUCCCCAAGUUUACGCUGGAGUCACUGGAGCAAGCCAUCAACAACGACUCGGAGAUCUGGGGUCUGCUGCAGCCCUACCAGCACCUAAUUUGUGGCAAGAAUUCAAGUGGUGUGCUGAGCCUGCCAGAGAGUUUGAACCUGCACCGGGACCAGCAACGCUCGGGGAGAGGCAGUGAGUGUCAGGGAUACACCCAGGCCGAGCUCCGCACGCUGGAACAGUCACUGCUUGCAACCCGGGUGGGCAGCAUCGCAGAACUGAGUGAUUUGGUAUCCCGGGCAAUGCACCACCUCCAGCCACUGCACAUCAAGAACCCCAGCAAUGGGACUCCAGUCCACCAGAAGACCACCACCACAGUCCACUGGGAGCCUGAGGCCCUCUAUACCCUGUGUUACUUCAUGCACUGCCCACAGAUGGAAUGGGAAAACCCCAACGUUGAGCCCUCCAAAGUCACCUUACAGACUGAGAGGCCAUUUCUGGUACUACCACCGCUGAUGGAGUGGAUCCGGGUGGCAGUCGCCCACACUGAGCAUCGACGAAGCUUUUCUGUGGACAGCGAUGAUGUGAGGCAGGCCGCCAGGCUGCUGCUCCCCGGUGUGGACUGUGAACCUCGACAAAUAAAAGCGGAGGAUUGUUUCUGUGCAACCAGAAAGCUGGAUGCAGCCUCCACAGAGGCCAAGUUCCUGCAGGAUCUGGGCUUCAGGAUGCUCAACUGCGGACGGACGGACCUGGUCAAGCAGGCCGUGAACCUGCUAGGACCCGAUGGCAUUAACAGCAUGAGCGAACAGGGAAUGACCCCACUCAUGUACGCCUGCGUCCGCGGUGAUGAGGCCAUGGUCCAGAUGCUGCUCGACGCCGGAGCCGACAUCAACAGCGAGGUGCCAAGCACAGUAAACAAGCACCCCUCAGUUUAUCCUGAAACGCGCCAGGGGACGCCACUCACUUUCGCCGUGUUACACGGACACGUCCCUGUCGUGCAGUUGUUGCUGGAUAAUAGAGCGAAUGUGGAGGGCGCCCUGCAGGAUGGGACGGAGAACUACACAGAGACCCCACUUCAGCUGGCCUCCGCUGCAGGUAACUUUGAGUUGGUGAGUUUGCUAUUGGAAAGAGGGGCCGACCCGAUGAUCGGGACCAUGUGUCGAAACGGCAUCUCCUCGGCCCCGCUGGGAGACAUGAACUCAUACACCUUGGCAGCAGCACAUGGCCACAGGAAUGUAUUUCGAAAGCUUCUGGCCCAGUCGGAGAAGGAGAAGGGGGAUGUGUUGUCCCUGGAGGAGAUCCUAGCCGAGGGUUCGGAUCCCGGGGAGAAGAGGUUGGCACUGCAGGCCAACGGCGGAGGGACCCUGCGAACAGGAAAGGCCAAACUGAGGGCCCUGAGAGAGGCCAUGUACCAUAGCGCAGAGCACGGCCAUGUGGACAUCACCAUAGACAUCCGCAGCUUAGGCGUUCCCUGGACGCUGCACACCUGGUUCGAGUCCCUGCGCACCUGCUUCAUCCAGCACCGCCGGCCGCUGAUCCAGGGCCUGCUCAAAGACUUCAGUUGCAUCCAGGAAGAGGAGUACACAGAGGAGCUCAUCACACACGGCCUGCCUCUCAUGUUCCAGAUCCUCCGAGCCAGCAAGAAUGAGGUAAUAAGCCAGCAGCUGUCAGUCAUUUUCACGCAGUGCUAUGGGCCCUUCCCCAUCCCUAAGCUGACAGAGAUCAAGAAGAAACAGACCUCCCGCUUAGAUCCCCACUUCCUUAACAACAAGGAUAUGUCCGAUGUUACUUUCCUGGUGGAGGGGAAACCGUUUUAUGCACAUAAAGUUUUGCUGUUUACAGCUUCACCCAGGUUCAAGUCACUACUCCAGAACCGACCUGCAGCAGAGAACACCUGCAUUGAGAUCAGCCAUGUCAAGUACAAUAUUUUCCAUUUGGUCAUGCAGUAUCUGUACUGUGGAGGCACUGAGUCUUUGCACAUACGCAACACUGAAGUUAUGGAGCUCCUGUCUGCCUCCAAAUUCUUCCAACUAGAGGCCCUUCAGAGACACUGUGAGAUCAUCUGCUCCAAGAACAUUACGACGGAAACCUGUGUGGACCUGUACAAACACGCCAAGUUCCUUGGUGCCACGGAGCUUACGGCUUUCAUCGAGGGCUAUUUCCUGAAGAACAUGGUGCUGCUAAUUGAACUCGACAGCUUCAAGCAGCUGUUGUACGAACCUCCUCCCGCCGAGAGCCCCAUGUCCAGCUUGUCCAGCCCCGGCAUCUGCACCGACAUCCUCCUCGACCUGGAGAACACUCUGGCCACACGCAUCCGCUCCAUCCACCUCUCCACCUCCAAGGGCUCUGUGGUGUGACAUUGUCCACUCCGAAGCCCUCCGAUCCAGGCACAGCAUUCAUGUAACACCACUUUUAACGACCAGUGCCAUGCUACACAGCCCCAUCCACCUGCCCUGGCCCCACUGCCGAGGAUGGGCUGUCGGAUGUUUUUAUGUCAGGGAUUCCCUUUAAUUCUGCCUGUUGCAGCCCCCUCGAAAAGUUAAUGUUGGCAUACAUGACAAAAUCAGAGAGAACUUUCUCGCCUUGUCAGAAGCUUGAACUCUGGUGUCCCAAUGGCUCCCACUGAUCACUUCACACCCCUACAUUAAGAAAAAAUAAACAGAACUGACCCUGCAGUAUCACUUAGACCUAAUCGUGAUUUUGAAACUUAUUGUAUUUCAUAUAGGAUACAUGCAUGAAAUACAUUCUGUACGCCUUUUUCGCUUAAAAGGGUAGAGUAGAAUUUUAACUCAAUAAAAGCAGCUUUCUCAUCAUCUCUGAUAUGAGACUUUGGUUUACAAACAACAUCAAUUUAUGGAAGUGGAUGCCAUUGCAGUAUAAAGUUUGACACCAAACGCCAAAAUAUAAUCCAACUUUACAACCAAUAAAGUGACUAGUAGCAAUGCCACGAGACAGACUAUAGGUGGACUUGUUUGAACUUAUUUACAUUUCAUUCUGUCACUUCUAUGUUGGAUACGUUUCACUGUGUUAUAUCUACUCUGUGCAGAGGCCAAACUGAUCACACGAACUUCCACCGUGGCUGACACUGCAACACUGAUUAAACUGAAGACGGCCCAUGGGCAGUGAAAUCUAUGCUGACGUAUGCUUGAAACAUGGAUGUCCAACUGGGAAAUUAACUUGUGAUAACUCCACGAACACUGUCGACUUUUUUGCAUGACACCUACUCAACUGAGCUGCCCUGAUAUUGCUUUUUAUGCAGAGCUUACUUCACGAACCACUUUCGCAAAAGGGGAAGUAAGGGAAAACGCUGCUUAUUAACUUUCCAUCCACUGCAAAACAGACUGAGUGCGAUAGGAUUGAAGAUGGAUUUCGAUUGGCAGGGACUUUCUCUUUAAAGCUAUUUAAAGCAAAGUGUAAAUAUGUCCUUAAAGUCAUUGUGCUGGUCGUUUCUUUCCUUUCUUUUUUGUAAACUGCUGUACAGUAUCCUCCUACACUCGCUUGGCUGAUAACACCAGUCUCAUUGAAUGUGCUCCCUGAACAGUUUAUUCCUGCUGUAUGUGUCUGUUUAUGCAAAAGUUGCAUGUUUAAUCUGUUUGAAUCCUCCAUUCCGCUUUAGGUGUGCUUUCUGUGUAGAUCGGUAGGGCUGAGUAGGGUGUUGAUUGUUCCAAUCAAAGUACGUUCCCGUCAUUUAUUUUGCUAUUUCUGAUAAAUUCCGAAUGAUCAUGAGAUGCAUUUUAAAGUCACUUUCUGUUUUUGGCUUUACCUCAGCUGAAUUUCUCAAUAACGUAAUUUCUGUGAAGGUGUGUCAACAGAGUUUAUUAGAGACACAACAAUGUGAAUUGUGACUUACAAAGUCAACCACCUCUGAGUGGACAUGCUAAAACAGCGGAUAUAUCACAAAAAAUGUUUUACAGUUGGUUGAGGUGAAAAAGUUGUUUGAUAACAAUCAAUAAAAACAGACUUGGGCACAUGACUUAAACGUCUACUCAAGCUUCCACCAAGCAAACAAAAAGGGCAGCAGAUGAAAAAAUCAGAUCUGUGUGUACCAUGAGGAGACUUUCCUCAAAUCAAUACACAAAACAAACAAAUGCCAUGUUUUCUAAAUUUUGAGGUUGAAGCUAAAGUUUGCGGUGCUCAAAACACAAUCUGCAGUUUGAAUUAAUCAUUUUUAACUUCUGGGUCAAUUUUGGAUGAAUUGGGCAACAAUGGUAGGUGUUUGUUCACAAAUUUAAUCAUGAAUAAAGUUGAAAUAGAUUGAA